CUGUCAGCACCUCGGACAGCUCCGGCACCGAACUCAACCAUCGAUCUGAUCUGAUUGAUCGGCGGAGGAGUCACGUGUCUCAUCUCGAUCGGUCGGAGCUUUCAGAUGAUGUGACUGCGUCCAGGUGUCGCGUGAAGCUGUGCGCCAGAAAGGGGACUAAAAUCUGGAUCAAGUUGACUGCUGUCAGACAGGACCGUGUCCUCCUUCUCCUCCUCCUGCUCCUCCUGCUCCUCUGCAGAGACAGUCUUCACUGAGGAGUUGAGGAGGGAAAUCAAAAGAGGAGAAGCGGCCUGCGUGUGUGCGCGGGAUGGAGGGGCGCGUGCAGAGCUCAGCAGGAGCCGGUUCGGGAAGGAGGAUCAGUGCUGCCUAGUGUGUCUCCCUCUGAGCUCCGCUUCACUCCGUGUCUCUCCGCCGCUCCGCUGAUGAAGAUGUUGGCGCUGCUGCUGACGGUGUCCUCGGUGCUCUGGAGCCGCGGCUCCGCGCUCAGCUCUCACUUCAGCUCAGAUGGCGCCCCGCUGAGCGAGCUGUCCUGGUCGUCGUCUCUGGCUGUGGUGGCCGUCUCCCUGUCGGGCCUCUUCACCGUCGUCUUCCUCAUGCUGGCCUGCAUCUGCUGCAAGAAACGCAGAACCGGCUUCAAGGAAUUCAAGAAUGUGGACGGGGAGGAGUACCAUGCAGAUAUGUCCACAUUGGCCUCGCCAGCCUCCCAGGGCAGCCCGGACGUCUACAUCCUGCCGCUCACCGAGGUGUCCCUGCCGGUCGCAAAGCAACCUGCUCGAUCAGUCCAGCUCCUGAAGUCGGCAGACGUCGGCCGUCACAGUCUUCUGUACCUAAAGGAGAUCGGGAAUGGCUGGUUCGGGAAGGUUCUGCUUGGGGAGGUGAACGCAGGUCUCAGCACCACCCAGGUGGUGGUGAAGGAGCUGAAAGCCAGCAGCAGCGUGCAGGACCAGAUGCACUUCCUGGAGGAAGCUCGGCCUUUCCGAGCCCUGCAGCACCCGGCCCUCCUGCAGUGUUUGGCUCAGUGUACUGAGGUCACUCCAUACCUGCUGGUGAUGGAGUUCUGUCCUCUGGGCGAUGUGAAGGGUUACCUCCGGAGCUGCAGGACUGCAGAGACCAUGACCCCAGAGCCCCUGAUCCUCCAGAGGAUGGCCUGUGACAUCGCCGCAGGACUCCUGCACAUGCACAAACACAACUUCACACACAGUGACCUAGCUCUGAGGAACUGCCUUCUGACGGCUGACGUCUCAGUGAAGAUUGGAGAUUAUGGUCUGGCUCAGAGCAAAUACAAGGACGAUUACUUCGUGACAUCAGAUCAGGUGUACGUGCCGCUGCGUUGGAUUGCUCCAGAGCUGGUGGACGAGGUGCACGGAAACCUGCUGGUGGCGGACCAGACCCAACACAGCAACAUGUGGUCUCUGGGCGUGACGAUCUGGGAGCUGUUUGAGUUGGGGAACCAGCCGUACAGACACUACUCAGACAGACAGGUCCUGACCUACGCUGUGAGGGAGCAGCAGCUGCGACUGCCCAAACCGCUGCUCAAAGUGCCGCUGGCUGAACGCUGGUAUGAGGUGAUGCAGUUCUGCUGGCUCCAGCCUGAUCAGAGACCCAAUGCAGAGGAAGUCCACCUGCUGCUCAGCUACCUGUGUGCGAAGGGGGCCAGCGAGGCCGAAGAGGACUUUGAGAGGCGAUGGAACUCCCUGCGUCCCAACACCGGAUUCAACAGCCACCGCGGUGCCUCGGUAAUGUCACGAGACCACCCCUCAUCAACCUCCUCCUCGUUCCCUCUCCUCGAGCAGUUUUCAUCUGGUGACGGCUACCACUCAGAGUCCGGGGACGAUAUCCUGACAGUCACUGAGACCAGCCACGGCCUCAACUUUGAGUACAAGUGGGAGCAAGCCAGGGCGGAGCAGUCGUAUCGAGCCCCAGACUCGUCCAGCACCCUGGGUCAGGUCAGCCAUCACUGUCAGGAAGCAUUUUACCCACCAGGGGGCAUCGUGGGAGGCUGCCCCAUGGAGAGCCUCAGCCACGGAUUGUCCCCUUCAUACUACCAAUCAAAACAUCUCCAUGCUCCAGGCAUACUUCCUGUCCUCAGCGCCCACAGCCCCUCAGUAAGCAGUGAAUACUACAUCCGCAUCGAAGAGCCAGUAGACUGUAACAUGGACCCAGACUACACCAUGUGCUCCUACAGCCCAGACUACCAGGGCAGCAGUGGGAGCUUUCUGACUGGGAGUGCCGACUCAGGCGAGUGCAUGGCCUGCCCGUCACAGGCUAAGAACAUGGGUCCCUAUUGGUCAGCAGACAUCCAUAAGUCCGACAUGUACGACUCAAAUGAGUCCAGUCCUGCGAUCUCCCUGACGAUGGAGCCCCUCUUAGGGCAGGUGUUGGACAACAGCCCACUGCGACCCUGGGAGUCCAGUCACUACGUGUCCUAUAAAGACAGAGAUGGCGGUUACUACUACGAGCACUCGCCACCGUUGGGAAUCGAUCACUAUCUGAUUGGAGCUGAGACUGCCAGUGAGCGCCAUCAGGAAAGCUGGGGGUCAAGGAGCCUGCGUCAGGCCUUGGGCGAGUUGGAGAACCCACUGGGUAUUUCCCACGCUGUGAACAGUGCACCUCAACAGGCCUACAGAGACACGUACCUGGACACAAGUCAGACUUCCAUCAUCGGAAAGAACGUGACAGGGGGCUACUACGACAUGAUGGGCUCCCUGAGGAAGACGAUGCCCAACCACACCAGGCACCACAGCCACUCUGUCAGUAUCAACAUGGAGACACAGGGGGCGCUCUUCAUCGGGCACAGAGACACCGACACAGAGGAGGAAGAGGAAGAGGACAUAUUUGUUGAGAGACACACCUGCAACACUUGGCCUUCAAAACACCGCCACAGCAGCGUGGGUCACCACAGACGCGCCAGCCACAGCUGCAGACAGGACGCAUACGUGGAUUUCCACUACACAAUGCCGAGUACAGACAUCGAGGAUUCGUGGCCGGAGGAGCACAGCCUGGCCUUCCACUCUCUACCCAAACCCAUCGACUAUCUUGAACCCCACCAGGCCAAAGAUAACAGUGUCUGCCUCAGUCUGAGUAAACACCAUGCCAUGGUGCCCUCAGACAGCUGCAACGCUUACAUCUACAUGUGCCACGAGGGCGAGACUCAGGUGCCGGCGCCUGGAGAGUGCUGCCACUCGCACUUUGUUGACCCGCUCACAGGCUUGCUGGUCAGAAACAACAGCUACAGUCACAGCUACAGUCACAGCAGCUACAUCAGCGAUAAGGCCAUUGAUAUCCCGAGUAAUGAUGAGAUGAUCAACCUAUCACCGGCUCCGGGGGGCCCCAUUGUGGCCAAAACGGCCCUGAUAAAGACUGAGGAGAGCAGAGAGCAGUAUGUUGAUCUAAUAACUGAUGAUUCACUCUUCAAAGACAAGAGGGACGAUGUAAUCAAAGAAAAACCAAUCAAACCCACAGACCCUAAAACAGAGGAAGUGACCCUGACCACAGCCGCAACCACUCCACCUCCUGCCGAUAACACGCACGUGAUGGUGGCCCUCACAGAUCAGCAGUCGGAGCUGAGUCACACAGGCGACAGCGGGGUCGACCGAGGAGGCUCCAGCGUGAGCCUCGCCGACAUCCUCGACUGCAGCGACGAGGACGAGGACGAUGACAUCACGGACGAUAUCACUGACGUUACCUCAGGCAUCUUUGCGGACGAGUCCAGCGAGCUGAACGCGUCUCCAGCCUUCAAGUCUCUACAGAAGCAGGUAGGAACUCCUGAUUCCAUGGACUCCAUGGAUCUGCCGUCUGCAGCCGGGUCCUGUGAAGGCUUCAGUCCUGCAUCCUCCCACCCAUCCAGCUCACCUAAAGCUAUGGACAGCGGCUAUGACACAGAAAAUAAUGAGAGCCCUGAGUUUGUACCCAAAGAGCCUCAUGAACCCCGGGAACAACCUCUGGGGAAGUCCGCCCUUGAUACAAGCCUGGAGGAGGACAAGGAGCUGGAGGAGCAUGGAGGUGAAGUGGUGACCACAGAGGAUGAACCCUCACAGACAGAAGACCACAUCCUUCUGCCACUGAGCGAUAAGACUCCGUACAGAGACUCUGCCUACUUCUCAGACUAUGAGAAUGAAAGGCAGAGUAGGGACGAAGACGAUGUUGAGAAGAAGGGUGAGAAGAGGAAGAACGAGGAGGAGGAGGAACUAAAUGACUCUGUGGUGAGCAAAGACAUAAAACUUGAUAUGAAACACAUAUCAGCAGAAGCAGAAUCCUCUUCUCUACCAGACACAGAAGAGUGUGACCAGGACGAGGUGCUGGGACUUCCUCUGGAGUCCUCCGACACUGCUUCAUUAACAGAGGGGGGGCUGGACGAAUGGCCGUCACAGGAAGAGAGCUCGUCGUUAGGAGACUGGGCAGCAGAGGUGGUGGGAGCCAUGGAAGAAGCCCUCGAUGCCCUGAAUGGAGACUGUACCUCUAAUGUCGAGGUAGAGGAGGAGGAAGCAGAAGGUCAAGAUUCAUCAGAAACAACAGAAGAGUCAGAAAUCAAGACGGCUCCAAACCGGCCAUCGGGGAUAUCUGGUGAACUCACACACUCUUUACCCAAAGACGAGGUGGCCUUGCAGCAAACAGCAAACACCAGGAGGUUUUCUUCUUCCUCUCCGCCACCUCCAUCCACCCCUCCCCCUCCGCUUCCUGCAGCAGAGGGCCGAGGGUCACCAGCUGAUGGGGAAGAGGCGGACGAGGAGGACGGCGACACCGACGACAGCGACGAGUCGGAUGAAGAGCUGCGGACCUACAGUGUGCAGGAACAGAGCGGAGGGGAGGACAGCGAGGAUGAGUGCCACCCGGUGCCCAUCGUGGUGAGUGACGACAGCGAAGCUCACAAACUCCGCAGCCUCCUGAAGAUGCCGACGCUGCUGACAGUGGAGACCCUGGAGGAGGAGCUGGAUCGCAAGAAGAAGACGGUGUCUUUUUUCGAUGAUGUCACCGUUUAUCUGUUUGAUCAGGAAAGCCCGACCAAGGAGCUGACUGAGCACGGCUUCAGUUUAGGAGCUGAGGGUCAAAGUUCACGGAGCAAAUCCCAGGAAAGACUCAACGCGUCAGAUGACUCUUCAGAUGGGAACAUCUCAGAGGAGAGUGCAGGGUACGAGUGGGAAGACGACUUCCCUCUGCUCCCUCUGCCAACGUCCUCAGUGGCGUCUGACUCCCCUCCACCGCCCCGCUCCGUCCCCAAAGCUCCGGACCCCAAACCAGCCGUCCGGUUCUCCCGCUUCACCGUCUCCCCUUCCAACGUGUCCCGUUUCUCCAUCACCCACAUCUCUGACUCUGAUAUGGACUCUGCAGGAGGAAGCAGUGAGGACGGGGACAAAGAGUAACCAGCUGCGGAGAUUUACUGCCUCUGUGACAACUACUUGGCCUGCUAGCAUGACUUCUAAUUUAUUUUUUACCGUCAGGUUUUAGAAACACAAGACAGUGCCUCUUACCGCCUGUGGACACUUUUGAAAGGUCCGUCUUACUGAGAAGAGAAUGGUUAAUAUAUAACAUUUACAGAAUAUUAAUAUAUACUGUAUGUAUGAUGUAAAGAAUCUUUGGACGCAGGGGAAGCUUGUAUUGUGCAUAUUUUUGGGAUCAAAGAGACACAAAGGAAGGACAGCGUCACAUAUGCCACCUCGUUCACUUGUUCAUUUGUGAUGGGAAGCACCGAUGAGAGCGUGGAAACACCUGGACUCACAGACACACGACAGACGGACGCUGAGUUCUGGCUUUUCAACAAAAGGAUCAGCACUUUGAACGAGACUGUACAGCUCCACAGACUUUGUACUUUUUAGGAAACUGCUUUACUUGUCUUAAUAAAUAUCGAGGAGAAUCUCUGAGGUAUCAUGAGUAAUAUAACGUUAAUAUUUGGUUCGUUAGGAGACGAAGGACGUGCUGGUGUGACAGGAGGGAAUUUUAAUGUUUGGUUACAGGAUGGCUUUUGUGGAAGCAGCUGAUUGAACCUGGACAAUGUGAUAUUUUGUGACUCUAUUUAUUUUUCUUGUUUUUGUACCAGGACCACUACUGUACUGUUUUACAUGAAUCUGUGGCUCAUUCUCUCGACCAAACUGAGCGCCAGCACCGCCAUCACAGCUGACCCCUCUUCGCUGUAAACACCAGGCACAACGUUGUCGCCGUAGUGACAGGAGGUGACGGAAGUUAUUUAACUCUUAUUAAAGGUUUAACAGUUUUUCAGAUAUAGCAAUGCAUGGUUUCAAGUAUCUAGAAAACAGUAUCUAUAAGAAUUUAUAGCUCGGAGACAGAAGGGGACAGCUUUUGGUUUUGGAGAAGAGACAGACACACAUGGUCACAGAAAUCACGUUUCCUCUUUCUGCCAGAACAAAUUGGCAUCAAGACAGGACGCUGAUGAUUUGGACGCUACAUAAAGACACCAGUUCUCCAUAAAGACACGGACCAAUAGGGCUGGGCCAUAUGAACGAAAUCUUCUCCACAGUAUAUGCCAUAUUAUACUGUGAUAAUGGCAUAUGUUUUCAUAAAGUACUUUAUCUGAACCUCACGUUUGAAAUUGUUAAAGGUCCAGUGUGUGGGACUUAUUGGCAGAGAUGGAAUAUAAUCUUAUCUGUGUAUUUUCUUUAGUCUCAGUGGUUUCAGCGUUAGAUACCUGACACCAAAAGCCACCUUUCGCAGUGGUAUUAUACGCCACCAGAUGGCGUCAGUUUGUAACGCGGCAAAACAUAACAUUUUCUGUGUUAUGACAUGCCGCUGGUCAGCUGGACGGCACCUGUUAAAGAAGUAUGAUACGCAGACAGGCGGCAUCAGUUCAUAACGCUGCUGGAUGGCACCUAUCAUGGAGGUAUGAUACCCUGCAGGAUGGCCUCAGGUCGAAAUGCUGCCAGUUACGAGGUAAUCUAAGGAGCUGGAAAGUCCCUACAGGGUGGAUGGGAGGAGUGGUGGAUCAGAGGCCUGCACGGGUCCAUUUUUGAAAACUGGCACCUGCCCUAGCCUCGCAUCACCAGGCUCUUCACGUAAGGCAAAGAGCCUGGUUUCUAUUCACUCUGAAUUUUGUCUGGAUUCUGGUUCCGGUCUAGAGAGCGGAUGUGGAAUUCACCAAAUUCACCAAAGUAAAACUUUAAGUUCUGGCGCACCAUCAAUUUGGGGUGAUGAGGGGUGUAAGAAAAUCGAUUAACUUAAUGGCUUGGGGCUUUUCUUGUAAAUUAUAUUCUUUAAAUUAAAAAGUUCAUCCAUUGAAUUCCGGAUCCUGUCUCACUCGCCCUGGUUCCGGUUCCUUACCAAAACGGCCACUAACGGCCCCAGACUAAACCUGCCCAUACCCGUAAAGCUCAGUACCAGACCCUCCCUGUUACCUGUCAAUAAAACGAUCAAAUACACAAACUCACAUGAAGCUUGGUUCUCCAAAUCCAGCGGCGGAGACGUCUCUUUCAAGCAUUCAAUCACUGCCAGGUUAGGAAACAUUUUAGCAUGCCUCUUUCAAUACAUUUUUUCCGACAUUUCUUUGACAUUUGUUUCUGAAAUUUUCAUAAUAUUUUUCAGACAUUUUAUCAAAACGUUUUUGGACAUUUUAUCAUAAUUUUUUCAGACAUUUCGUUAACAUUUUUCUCCACCAUUAAUGCUCAAAAGGAUCCUCCUUGGGUGUCUUGAACUCCUCAUCCUCGGGCUGCAAAUUUCCACGUCGGUGACAAUCGGGUCACUGUGGCUUGAUAAUAGAGAUUUAGAUGUUUUUGUUCCAUACAUACUUUUACCCGUUGCACAGCUACGGUACCCAACCUGAUGCAGAUGUGGUGCUCAUGCCUGGCUCCAAAAAUCCAAGAUGGCGACAGUCAAAAUGCAGGUCCCCAGGAAAGCAGCUGGUAUCACGGCAUUGCAGCAAAAAAAAUUCCGGCGGCCCAAAAAUUAUUUCUGUCAAAGUGGUGACACCUCCAACUGCAAACAAGCUCAAUUAUGACUCUUUUUCAUGGAGGUUUUAUAUUUGUAAAACUUGACGAUUUAAAAUUACAUGACGUCAUCACAAUGUAAAGUCUAUGAGCUGAGCAGCAACUUGUGGGUGGAGUAAUUUUUUAUUUAUUUUUUUCCCGUUUGCACCAGGUGAGCUGGACCGACUAGGCGCCAUCUUAUCAUCCAGUAUCUUGUCAUUAUUAUAAAUCUGAUGCCAAACUAGCGGCAACAAAAGCAGAGUCCACAAACCAGUGGGUGACGUCACAGUGGCUACGUCCGUUAUCUUAUACAGUCUACGGAUUUCACAUCACCUAAAGGCCACCGUAGGUUCUCUACAUGGACAGGGAGGAGUACUCAGUUUGCCAUGAGAUGCCACUAACUCCUACACACUUCUCCUUCAAGAGAUAAAAUGUCUGCUCUGAAGUUAAACACCUGACAAAUCAAAGUUCUUCAUCACAUUGAUGCAAAGAUCCGGUAAAUGUCCGAAAGCAGUUAAUACUCAUUCAUUUGCAACAUUUGUUGUAAAACCAGAGAUAUUAAAGGGACAGAUAAACGUUUGUAUCGUCAGUUUGUAUGAUCAUACUGGGCCCAACCCUACAGACAUCCAAACACAAACCUGCACAACAACAUUAAAAAGGCUGUUAACUUAUAUUUUUGUCUGCACAGGUCGGACGCUUCUGCGUCUGUACAUCAGCACGUUACACAUCCAGUAUUCUCACCAUGUUAUCUGUUUGUAGGAGAGCAGCUGUCUGACUCCGCUGUUUCAGGGUAUUUUGGCUACACUCAGCUUGUUCCAAGACGUUUUGUACAAUAAUUCUGAAAUGAUGAAACUUUUAAGAUUCGAGAGAAAAAUGUUUGUUGUUAGUGGUUAUAAUUUGGGUUAUUCAGAGCAGGAGGACAAAUGUGAGCAUCACGCUGAAACAGAACAAGAUUUAAUAUCAACUAUUUAAAACCGACUUGUUGAGCCACGUUGCUUUGACAGAUCAAUUCCUUUGUCCGAUCAGCUGUUUGAAAGGCCUCAGAGUGCUGACGUCACCAUCAUGAAAUGUUCCAGUGCUUUGUGUGCGUGUAAAUGUACGGAGGUGAAACAGAAGGUGUGCGUGAUGAGUUGUUGUGAGCCUCGACCUUUCAGAACGCCCUGUGAUCAACAUAUAGUGUCUUUAAGUGUUUGUUUGCCUUUGAGGCUUUAAUAUUCUGUAACAGUUUAGCAUAGAACCAUCUAGACAGCUGUCCGUAAUAUUUUUGUAUCUCAACAAAAAUACUUUUCAGAGUAUUGAUGUACUGUACCUGUACAGGUGGGAGGGUUAAAAAUAUUAUGUCUCUUAUGUUUUAUUGUUGCCAAAGAGAUGUUGUGUUGUGGUUCAGGGGCAACAGAUGGAGACAGAGAGGAGGGACGUUACAGGAGCUUCGGCCUGUUCGUUAACAAACAACGCACAGGUGAGGUUUUGGUUUGCGAUACUGUCAGUAACAUGUGCCCCCACACUGACCUGGUCACAUCAUUACCUUCUGUACCUUCUAUCAAAUAUAAAUAAAGUCUGUUUUACACAUCUUCA